GUAGCUUGCUGCUGAAGAAAGAGAACUAUAUAAGGCAGUGGGUUUAUGUCAUUUGGAAAUGGUGUUGAAGUUUGACAAGACAAACGGAGUAAGGUAGUAAGAUGGAAGUUGCUAAACGUUGUUUUGGGAAAUUCCGAUCGAAAGAGAAUCAUAAGACUUCAAGCAAUAAGGAGGAACCUACACCUAAUGGGAAAGAAGUUUCACGAACACCAGUGAAUGAGGAAACUCCUUCAAAUGCUACUAAGCAGAAGGCUGCUGCUGCCAAGCAAUAUAUAGAAAAGCAUUACAAGGAGCAGAUGAGGAGCCUGCAAGAGCGAAGGGAGCGGCGUAAUGUGCUAGAGAGAAAACUGGCUGAUGCUGAGGUAUCUGAAGAAGAGCAAAACAACAUCUUGAAGUACCUCGAGAGAAAGGAAACAGAAUACAUGCGCCUUCAAAGGCAUAAAAUGGGUGCUGAUGAUUUUGAGCCACUAACGAUGAUAGGAAAGGGUGCAUUUGGGGAGGUUAGAUUAUGUCGAGAGAAGUCAACUGGCCACGUAUAUGCCAUGAAAAAGCUUAAGAAGUCGGAAAUGCUUCGUAGGGGCCAGGUUGAACAUGUGAAAGCAGAAAGGAACCUACUUGCUGAAGUUGAUAGCAAUUGCAUUGUCAAACUUUAUUGUUCUUUCCAAGACGAAGAAUAUCUAUAUCUAAUAAUGGAAUAUCUGCCUGGUGGAGAUAUGAUGACUCUACUGAUGCGUAAAGAUAUAUUAACGGAAGAUGAAGCAAGGUUUUAUGUUGGGGAAACAGUUCUUGCAAUCGAAUCUAUCCACAAACAUAAUUAUAUCCAUAGAGAUAUCAAGCCUGAUAACUUGCUUCUUGACCGAGUCGGGCAUAUGAAGUUGUCAGAUUUUGGGUUAUGUAAACCACUGGAUUGCAGUAAUAUUCAAGAAAAUGAUUUUUCAGUAGGAAAUAACUACAGUGGAUCUCUUCAAAGCGACGGUCGCCCUGCGGCACCAAAGCGCACUCAGCAGGAGCAACUGCAACACUGGCAGAGGAAUAGGAGGAUGCUUGCUUACUCAACUGUUGGUACGCCUGAUUAUAUUGCUCCAGAAGUUCUGCUGAAGAAAGGAUACGGAAUGGAAUGCGAUUGGUGGUCUCUCGGUGCUAUCAUGUAUGAGAUGCUUGUCGGAUAUCCACCCUUCUAUUCAGAUGAACCCAUGUCUACAUGCAGAAAGAUAGUAAACUGGAGAACUCAUUUAAAAUUCCCCGAAGAGGCAAAACUAUCGGCUGAAGCAAAGGAUCUUAUCAGUAAACUCUUGUGUAAUGUAGAGAAAAGGCUCGGAACAAGAGGCGCUUAUGAAAUAAAGGCUCACCCGUGGUUCAAAGGCAUUGAGUGGGAUAAGUUGUAUCAAAUGAAAGCAGCGUUUAUUCCAGAAGUUAAUGAUGAAUUGGACACUCAAAACUUUGAAAAGUUUGAAGAGUCUGACAAUCAAGUCCCCUCAGCCACAAAAUCAGGUCCUUGGAGGAAGAUGCUCCCGUCCAAGGAUGUCAACUUUAUGGGCUACACGUACAAGAACUUUGAAAUUGUGAACGAUCACCAAGUUCCUGGAAUGGCCGAACUGAAGAAGAAAAGCACUAGACCAAAGCGACCAACUGUGAAGUCACUCUUUAACGAGGAGUCGACGAAUUCAGCAUCGAUUCAACGUGAACGAGGAAGCUUUCUUAGUUUACUACCUCCCACAUUAGAGAUCUCAAAACCAGGCGAAUCGUAAUAAUCACUAAUUUGUUUAUAGCAUCCAAUGACUGUGGUAAAGCGUUAGAAACCAGGUUUAAGUUCUUUUGAAGUGAAUAGAUUUUAUUUUUUAUUUUUUUUUAUAUUUUAAAAUCGGGUUGUUUUGCUUAUAAACUGUAAGUAUCCAUGGUGAAGGCAGUUUGUGUACCAUGUAUAUGCUCCUUGAUUUAGCUUUUGAUGUAAAUCGUUAUCCUGAUUGUGUACAUAUUAUCGUUUUUCGUCUUGUCGUA